GGUCAUAAUUGGCGCAGUCGAGCAAACAGCAAAAAAGGACGUGCGUUUUAGAGUCGGCAACACGAGAGCAACCCACACAAAAAAAAAAUUCAAAAAUAAUUCCUUAAAAAACAAACGCUUCAAAAACAAAUCGUAUAUAUCGUCUGAUGUUUGUGUAAAAAAACAACAAAUAUUAAAAUAAAAAGUACACACUUGUCGAAAUACACUUUUUUUCAUCCCGCACAUGCGCGAAGUUUGCGCCCAACAAAAUAAACUAAAAAGCAAACGCAAAAAAAUAGACAAAAACGAAAACGACGACGACAAAAAAGGAGCAGCAACAACACACGCACACAAAGCUUUGCCCGGUUGCCCGCCGCCGUCGAGUAGUCUGUGCGUGCGUGUGCUUGUUUGUGUGUGUGUGGGAGGAGUGAGCGCGCUUUUUGCCUCGCACGCACUUUUUUGUAAUCUAACGGUAACGCAGCCGAGUAUAAAGCAGCACAGCUAAAUCGAAAGCAGUGCUAACCGCAACAGCACAUAGGAAAAGAUCUCCUUUUUGUUUAAAAGCAGCAACAGUUGAGUUGCCAGCGAUAUGCAAAGUUGGGAGGCCAUGCAGACGGCAGUUAAUUACGAGCAGCACAACGCUUGGUACAACAGCAUGUUUGCUGCGAACAUCAAGCAGGAGCCGGGUCUGGUUGCUGGCAAUGGGGACAGCAGCAGCCCCAAUUCGCCACUGCCCUCGCCCAUACCGGGUGCUACACAAUUGGAGCAGUAUCUGAAGCAGCAGCAGCAACAGCAACAACAACAGCAGCCAAUGGAUACAUUGAAUGCCGCCGCAGCACUGACUCCCUCGCCCAGCAACAAUGACAACAAUAGUCUGCAACAUUUUUAUGAGGCCAGCAACAAUGUGGCCAGCAGCACGCUGCAGCAACAGUUUCUGCAACAGCAGCAGUAUCAGCAACAUUUUCAGCAUGCGCAGCAAACUGCUGUUCAACAGCAGCAACAACAACAUCAUCAUCAUUUGGCGCUUGGCUUUAACCCAUUGACGCCCCCCGGCUUGCCAAAUGCCGUGCUGCCUGGCAGCAAUUUGUCGAUGCAACAUUUCUAUGCAAAUAUGCGACCGGGACAGCAACAGACGCCUAGUCCGCAGCCCUCGACAACAGCUGCCGCGACAGCAACAACAGCGGGCAGUGUGGCCAUGGAUGUGGCCGAGAAGCUGCAAUCCGCAUUAACCCCACGCAGCACCCCACCCAUGGAUGUGACGCCGCCCAAAUCGCCAAAGUCAAUAAAUGGCGGAGCCGCUGCCUCAGUGGCCAGCAAUGAGCCAGAGAAGGAGCACGAUUUGAUUUCAAAUUCGAGUGAGGACAUGAAGUAUAUGGCCGAAUCGGAGGACGAUGACAACACCAUCCGCAUGCCCAUCUAUAAUUCGCACGGCAAGAUGAAGAACUACAAAUGCAAGACCUGCGGUGUGGUGGCCAUCACAAAAGUCGCAUUUUGGGAUCACACACGCACUCACAUGAAACCCGACAAGAUCCUGCAGUGCUCCAAAUGUCCUUUUGUCACAGAAUUCAAGCACCAUCUGGAGUACCACAUACGCAAGCACAAGAACCAGAAACCAUUCCAGUGCGACAAAUGCAGUUAUACGUGUGUGAACAAAUCUAUGCUGAACUCGCAUCGCAAAUCCCACUCAUCGGUGUAUCAGUACCGGUGCUCCGAUUGUGAUUAUGCCACCAAGUACUGUCAUUCAUUCAAGUUGCAUUUGCGCAAAUACAAUCACAAGCCCGGCAUGGUGCUCGAUGAGGAUGGCACUCCAAAUCCUUCGCUAGUUAUUGAUGUCUAUGGCACGCGUCGAGGGCCCAAAAACAAGUCCGUCUCGGGCCCAAGCGGUUCGAGCAGCAAGCGCGGAAAUGCCCAUCAGCACCAUCAUCAUCAUCAGCAACAGCAACAGCAGCAGCAGCAACAACAUGCGGAAUUAAAACCUGCCAUUUCACAGUUGUCGGCAGCACUCCAAGGAUUUCCCACAACAGCAGCAGCAACGAGCACGGCCAACAAUGUGCUGCCAGCUUCACCAGCGAAGAGCGCCGCCAGCGUCGAACUGCCCAGUCUUCUACAGAAGCAGCAGCAACAGCAACAAAAGCAACAACAACAACAACAACAACUGCAGCAACACCAGCAGCAACAGCAACAGCAGGCGGCUGCCAAUUUGCUGCCGCCCCUGGCCUCGAUAUUGCAGCAGAAUCACAACAUGGCCUUCUUCCCGUACUGGAAUCUCAAUUUGCAAAUGUUGGCUGCCCAGCAGCAAGCGGCCGUGCUCGCCCAAUUGUCGCCACGCAUGCGCGAACAGCUGCAACAGCAGCAGCAGCAACAUGCGUCUGGCAGCGAUGAGGAGGAGCAUGAGGAUGAUGAUGAGCUGGAGCGUAAGUCUGUGGACUCGGCCAUGGACUUGUCACAGGGCACGCCCACCAAAGAGGAAGAUCAGCAAACGCCCACCGUUGCCACACAUGUGGCCAUGAAUUUGAAGCUGAAGGACGAUGAUACGCCACUGAUCAGCAGCAGCAGCGCCUCAAGGCGCAAAGGACGCGUCCUCCAGCUGGACACACUGUUGCAAUUGAAGUCCGCCUCGUUGUCGCCGGAGCAUCUGAAGGCGCCCGCAACUGUAAUGCCCACUGCCUCGUCCCCCAUUGCGGGCAGCAGCAACAAACAGCUGGCCGAUGAGCAUUGCUCGGGCGCCUCCUCCGCCGAUGAGUCCAUGGAAACAGGCAAUGCGUUGCCCACCAAUGGCGCCACUCAGCAGGCAAAUAUCAGCGCCAGCUCGACCGCAUCCUCCUCGGGCAACAGCUCCAAUGCCAGCACAUCCAGCAGCACCUCGUCCAGCAAUCAAGCUGCCACAACAACAACGCCCGCCUCCAACUCCGGGGGCAGCAACAAUAGCAACAACAGCAACAACAGUGGAACGCCUGCGGCUGCCGGCGCCAUCUACGAGUGCAAGUAUUGUGAUAUCUUCUUCAAGGACGCGGUCCUCUACACCAUCCACAUGGGCUACCACAGCUGCGAUGACGUCUUUAAGUGCAACAUGUGUGGCGAGAAGUGUGACGGACCCGUUGGACUCUUCGUCCACAUGGCGCGCAAUGCUCACUCGUAAAAAUCGGUCGAGACUCUUUCAUUUUUUGUUAAUUUUUUAUCAUUUUCUCGUUGUCUUGAAUUGUACAUAAUCAUCAAUUAUUUGUUGUCCAGAAUUGUAAAUAAGCCAAAAAACCUAACUACUAAUUUUAGUUGUAAGUCCUCUAACCCCCCAACCACCCUUCUUCUUUCCCCUUCAUUCUCCUUUACUCGCCAUGCAUCUCGCAAGUUUCCUUUAUGAUUGCUCAUUAGUUUCUAAGCCUGUCGAUGAACCUCAAAACGAACGAAAGAAACCAAAUCAAAACAAAACAAACAACAUUUUCGAACAAGAACCCUGAAAAAGGUUUAAAAAAAUUGUAAUACAUAAAAAUGUAUUGUCAGCGCAUCAUUUGCACAACUUCUACCUAAUAAUAAUUAUAAUUAUUAUUUACAUUAUACAUUUAAGUGAAGCCAAAAACUCAAGCCAAGUCAGGAACAAUCCAAAGUCAAAUUAAUUGUGUAGUGCUAUCGAUAUGGAAUUAAAGAAUUUAGUUUUUAUUUUAGUUGUACGUUAUUCGCUCGCUAAUUCGACAUUUAGUUCUAUUCUUAUUUAAUAUGACAAUUAUUUAAAACCA